GUUCUUCUCUACUCUGCCCCAGCAUCACCUCUAAGGACUCCCAUUUACAGUGUUGGUCAUCCCGCAAAAAUAUGAUCAGUUUAAAUAAAAUUGAUGAAAUACGCAAGAAAAGCAUCUUAAUUGAAAAUGGAAAUCCUGCUCGAUACCGUCUGCAAAAAAAUGCAGACAAUUUGGAUCAUCCUGAACCAUAUAGAAAAAUCACCUUUGGGAAAAGAGACAGACAGAAACCCCAUAAAAUCAUUCUGAUGGUGGGAGAAACAGGAACAGGAAAAACAACCCUGAUCAAUGCGAUGAUCAACUACAUGUUAGAUGUUCAGAGAGAAGACAAGAUUUGGUUUGAGAUCACAGAUGAUCAGAGUGACCGAACAUCAGUUCACAGUCAGACCUCCAGCGUCACUGUUUAUGGGUUUUAUCUACAAGAGAGUCCAAUCCAUUUAACAAUCAUUGACACUCCAGGAUAUGGAGACACUCGUGGAAUUGAUCUUGAAAAAAAGAUCACCAAGAGUUUGCUCAGUUUAAGUAAAUCUGCUGAAGUGAUCCAUGAAAUACAUGCAGUGUGUCUGGUGAUUAAAGCAACACAGAAUCGACUCUCUGACAGACAAAUAUACAUAUUUGAUGCUGUUCAGUCUUUAUUCGGAAGAGAUAUUGCUGAAAACAUUGUCUUGCUCUUCACAUACUCAGAUGGAGCUCGACCUAAAAAUGCCCUGACGGCUGUUAAAGAGGCUAAAAUCAAGUGUGCAGAGAAUGACAAGAAUCAGCCAGUGUAUUUCCGGUUUAACAACUGUCAGUCAAAAGCUGAUGAAGAUGAUGAUGAAGAUGAGGAAGACCGUGAACAGAGGCUGAAUCAAUCAUGGAAUCUCAGUUUUAAAGGAAUGAUGCAAUUAUUCAAGUUUCUUGACACAAUACAACCAAAAUCCCUAAAGAUGACCCGAGAUGUGUUGCAGAAACGGAAGCAGUUGGAGGCAAAUAUUUCCAAUCUAAAAGCACGUGUUCAAACGACAGAACUAAAGCAAAAUGAGCUGAAACAAACUCAAGAGGCUCUGGAGAAGAACAAGGAACCUGCAAACUUUAAAUAUGAAGUUGAAGUGCCCUACAAAGAAUGGGUUGAUAUUGAUACUUCUGUAGCCAAAGCAGCGAUGUGCUGCACCGUCUGUGAGGAGAACUGUCAUUAUCCAGGAUGCUGGUGGACCAGUGAUCUUUCAUGGUGCAGUUCAAUGAGAAAUAAUCACUGUACAGUAUGUACAAAUAAAUGCCACUUCAGCAAACACAUCAAAGCAGCGAAAAUAUAUGUAACAAAGACAAAGAAAGAGAAGAGAACAUAUGAAGAUUUACAGAAGAAAUAUGAUGGUAAGAUUGGAGACGGCAAGUGUGUGGUCAAGAUGCUGGAAGAAGAACUGCAAGAAUCAGAGAAAGAGAAAAUAAAGCUGGUGAAUGAAGCUUUUCACUGUGUGGAAGCUCUGGAGAAGAUCGCACUCAAUGCUGAUUCUCUACUCACACUUCAGCACAUUGAUUUUCUGAUUAAGAAGCUGAAGGAAAUAAAUGAGUCUGAAAAAGCUGGAACACUGGAAAACAUCAAGAAGAGAGCAGGAGAAAGAAAGCAAGGACCCCUGGGAUACUUGGCAAGAUUUUUCAAAAAAUAAACACAAAUCAUGCCUUUGUUCAAAUUAUGCUGAAAACUGGAUCCUAAAAAUGUUUGUGCUUUGUUCAAAAGCAUGUCCUUCGUGUGAUAUUAAGCGAUAUUAUCAUCGAUCAUAAUUGCAAUAUUAUAUGAAUCUACAAGUGCCUGCAUUUCCCAUUUGUAAGUUGCUUUGAAUUAGCUAACUGCAUCUGCUCAAUUAACUAAGGUGAUAUUCGUUUAUACAGUAAGAUGCUAUUGAAAAUAUAGCAGUGAAACUGUGAAAGAACAUUGUUAUUCAUCGUAAAAUGAUGUGCAUGUAAUCAUUGUCAGGCUUUUUAACUGUAUAUAUCAAGCACUGCCAUCUAGAGGCCAUAUGAGAAACUGUUGAGUUUCAUCCAACAGGUAAAAAAAGAUACAUUUCUAAGCUCUGCUUUACUAUAAAUCU